UGAAUAUAGUUGCGGCGCUACGGGUGGAGAAGCUAUAUGGAGUGCCAUUGUGAAUUCGAGAUCUGAAAAUAUAAAAAUAAUCAGAAAUAACAUCAUCGACAAUGGUAAUUUUUUGUCCAUGUCCGAAUGGACGGAAGAAGUUCUUAAAGGACAAUUCGCUUUCGUAUGCAAUAGCGAUGGUUUAAGACAGUUUGUCAAGGAGGAAGAUCGAAAUAAAUUCCUGGUUUCUCAAGAUUCUUUGAUCACAUUUGUCCAGGCUUACACGAUGAGAAAAAAUUUCCCUUUCAAAAAGGACGUAAGCAAAGUAGUAACUCGUUUGUUCGAAGCGGGAAUUGUUGAGAAAAUCGAUUAUGCCACGAAAGGAAAAUUGAUAGAGUUCCCGGAAUUUCAAGGUCUAUCGAUGGAUGAUCUUAUAAGCCCAUUGUUAUUGCUUAUUUCGGGUUACGCGCUUUCAUUUAUUUUCUUGUCUCUCGAAUUCUUCUAUGCCAAAGUGCUAAUUAACUUUAAAUUCUGCGAUAAAUCUUAAUAUACUCGCUUAAAUCUAGCUUUUGUUUCCUAUGAUGAUAAUCAUAAAAGAAUAAACACGAUUAUUACUCUUUACGAUUUGCAUAAUGCAUAUUAAUUAUCUGUCUAUGUCGCUCUAUGGAGAAAAGUAUCGCGAGGUGGAAUUGCAGC